CACGACCGACACGCGACAGCCGCGCACGCCGCCAAACUGUUUGCCUCAAUCUUCCGCCGGGCAACUUCUCGACCACUAUCUUUAUUCUCGCUACCUGUCGCCGCUGCUGCUUCGCAUAACACACGCACCACCCCCGUCGCUGGGCUCUCCAAAGUAGAUUCGCGCAAGAUGCACUCGAAACUCGUUAUCAUCGGCUCUGGGCCAGCAGGCCACACCGCCGCCAUCUAUGCUGCUCGCGCCGAUCUCAACCCCGUCAUGUACGAGGGCUUCAUGGCGCUUGGCAUUGCCGCAGGAGGUCAAUUGACCACCACCGAUGAAGUCGAGAACUUCCCUGGGUUCAUGAAGAUCCAGGGCGCCACACUCAUGGACCAAAUGCGCGCCCAGUCCGAAGCCUGCGGCACCGAAAUCGUCUCCCAGACCGUCGCAAAGGUCGACCUCAAAUCCCGUCCCUUCAAGUACUGGUUGCACCCCAUGGGCGACGACGUCGAGGUUGAGGAGGAAGAACACACCGCCGACUCGAUCAUCAUUGCGACCGGCGCAAAGGCACGCCGUCUGGAUCUGCCGGGCGAGGAGAAGUACUGGGGCUACGGCGUCUCGGCAUGCGCCGUGUGCGACGGCAGUCUGCCCAUGUUCCGCGAGCAGCCACUCGUCGUCAUCGGCGGCGGCGACUCCGCGGUCGAGGAGGCCCUGUACCUGACCAAGAAGGCGAAGAAGGUCACCGUGCUCGUCCGCAGGGACAAGCUACGAGCGUCGCGCACCAACGCCAGGCGCCUGACUACACACCCCAAGGUCGAGGUCAUGUUCAACACGGGCGCGACUUUGAUCAAGGGUGACGAGAAGAAGGGCGGGCUCAUGACACAUCUCGUCGUCCGCAACAACGUCACCAAGGAGGAGCAGACCAUUGAGGCCAAGGGCUUGUUCUACGCCGUCGGUCACGACCCCGCGACGCAGCUGUUCCAGGGCCAGCUCGACAUGGACGAGGACGGCUACCUGAUCACCAAGCCGGGUGAGGGCCACACAAGCGUCGAGGGUGUAUUUGCGGCCGGUGAUGUCCAGGACAAGAAGUACCGCCAGGCAAUCACCAGUGCCGGAUCUGGGUGUGUCGCUGCGCUCGAGGCCGAGAAGUUCCUCGCCGAGCAGGACGAUACCGUCACCAACGACCUGGAACAGGAGAACCAGGCCGAGAAGAGCCAGACCAACGGCGUCGUGCCCGAGUACCGCUCCAACCCCCUCUUGUAG